GCCAGCGCCUGGGCAAGCAGAGCCAUGGGGACCCUGGAGGCUGCGUGCGCCCCGCCGCCCCUCUCGGGCGCCGAGGCCGGGCCGCCGCACGCCAACCUGUCCUCUGCGCCUCCCCACAACUGCAGCGCACCGAGCCACAUCUACCAGGACUCCAUCGCCCUGCCCUGGAAAGUGCUGCUAGUCGUGCUGCUGGCGCUCCUCACCUUGGCCACCAUGCUAUCCAACGCCUUUGUGAUCACCACCGUGUACCGCACCCGGAAGCUGCACACCCCGGCCAACUACCUGAUCGCGUCCCUGGCGGUCACCGACCUGCUCGUGUCCAUCCUGGUGAUGCCCAUCAGCACCAUGUACACGGUCACCGGCCGCUGGACCCUGGGCCAGGCGCUCUGCGACUUCUGGCUGUCGUCGGACAUCACCUGUUGCACGGCGUCCAUCAUGCACCUGUGCGUCAUCGCCUUGGACCGUUACUGGGCCAUCACGGACGCCGUGGGCUACUCAGCCCGGAGGACGCCCCGGAGGGCCGCGGGCAUGAUCGCGCUGGUGUGGGUCCUGUCCAUCUGCAUUUCACUGCCCCCCUUCUUCUGGCGCCAGGCCAAGGCCGAGGCGGAGGUGCUGGACUGCCUGGUGAACACCGACCACGUCCUCUACACCGUCUACUCCACGCUGGGCGCCUUCUACCUGCCCACGCUGCUCCUCAUCGCGCUCUACGGCCGCAUCUACGUGGAGGCGCGCUCUCGGAUCCUGAAGCAGUCCCCCAACAGGACCGGCAAGCGCCUGACCCGCGCCCAGCUGAUCACCGACUCCCCAGGCUCCUCGUCCUCGGCCACCUCCGUCAACUCGCGCGCUCCCGAGGGGUCCUGUGAUUCCGGGUCUCCGGUCUACGUGAACCAGGUCAAAGUGCGAGUGUCCGACGCGCUGCUGGAGAAGAAGAAGCUGAUGGCCGCCAGGGAGCGCAAGGCCACCAAGACCCUGGGGGUCAUCCUUGGCGCCUUCAUCGUGUGCUGGCUGCCGUUCUUCAUCAUCUCCCUGGUGAUGCCUAUCUGCAAGGACGCCUGCUGGUUCCACACGGCCAUCUUCGACUUCUUCACGUGGCUGGGCUACCUGAACUCCCUCAUCAACCCCCUCAUCUACACCAUGUCCAACGAGGACUUCAAGCAGGCCUUCCAUAAAUUGAUCCACUUUAAGUGCACAACCUGACGCCCCCUCGCGGUGGGGUCGCCCAGGCGCCCUUUGGGGACCAAGUGGGGUCUUUCCACAGGUAGGUGGAAUCUUCUGGCUGAUAGUCGCAGCAGUGCGCUGAUCACUUCUCGCAGCAGUGCGCUCUCGGACGCCCUUCCCUUCCCGGGAGCGGGAGGCACAACAGUGCAAACUAAACGCAGAGCGCUCCCGCUGAGGAUCAGGCUCCCCUCCUCCUCCAGCCCGGCUCAGCACACAUCCCGCUGCAGCCAAUCACAAAGGGGGCUGAGACUUUUAAAACGUGGUGAUGGGUAGGGCAUCCCUGCCCGGCCUUGGUGUCUGGGCUGUCGGUGCCCUCGGGGCCCCCGGCCCUGGGUAACCGUCCUGCGGAGCCUUCUCGAGACAGGUACACGCAGCCCGGCAGUACCUGCGGCUCCUCGCCCAGUGUGUUGGGGAGGACGUGGUGUCACAGCUUAAUUUAAGAACCGUGACUUCAGCAUCCUGCACUCUUCAGUUUUUUCUUAUUUAAAGUUGGUUGGAGAAAACUGGAUUUGGUGCUUCAAUCCUUCCUGUGGCUUGAAUGGCACAGCGAAACCUUGAAGAGUUAACAGCCAAAUUCUGAUGCUAAGAUCUCUAUUUUUAUUAUAAUUGAAACUGUAAGGGAGUGGGUGGGAGGGGAAGGGAGAUGGGAGAGUUCCCCUGAGAAUCCAGCCCUGGAAUCGUUUCCUGCAGAUUUCUAAAUUUUUAAUUCCUGUGUUGUGAUGAUCAAACUACAGCUCUAAGGAACAAAAUGUUACAUGUGCCAAAGUCUGCAGACUGCUUUCUCUUUCUCCUCUUAAUUUCAUGAACCUGUCAUUUGACACUUCUGGGUCCCCAUCAGUGGAGGGCAUGGAGGGCGACUCAACCCAAUCUGCUGCUAGUGGUCUUAUUAAUGCAGUCGUUUCACGGGUUGCUAUUGGGUAUAUUCUGUUCCUUGGGAAUAACAGCCUCUCUGCUCCCCAGCCCAGCCAGGGUGAUGUGGAGGAGACACCGAAUAGGAAUGAUUCCUAUACAGCUAAGAAAUGAGGGGCCAAUAGGAGGUUGUAUAUUUUGACUUGUAAAAAAAUCUUAAAAUGCAUGAGACAAUUUUCUGAUAGUCAUUUGCACUUUCCUUCCUCUCUGUGAUUCCUCUGUGUGCGAAAAUAUGAAGUGACCAAGAGAACUAGUUUGCUUCUCUGGAAGUCUUCAAAAAGCAGCAAGAGCCCUGAAAACUAUCUUACAGAAAGAGCAACAAAAACUUAUUUCUUUAGCCUUGCUAUUGAAGCUUGGGUAGGAACAAAGAUUAGUAGAACACGACACACAAGAUAUUUUUAAAAAGCUAAGAGAGGCUGAAAAUGAGCCUAUUUUUGAUAACUUACAGAACCAGACCUCAGACUCAACUAAAUGAUCAGAAAUCUGGCAAGCCUUCUAACCUUCCAAACCUAUCGCUGGAGCCUGACACCUUAAUGAAUACAAUAACUUGGAAUACUUUCAGUGUUUCUCCUUUUUCAAGCUUAAACAAUACUUAGUUCUUUCAAAUUCACUCUGAGGGCUCUCC